AUGUCGACCGAAGAUCACCGUUGGGUUUUCGAGACGGGCGAUUUCGCAGACUUUCGCAUCGUAUGCACAGAUGAUGGCGUGGAGUUCAAUGUGCCUCGGUUGAUGCUGAGUCUUCAUUCCACCUACUUUGCCAGACUCUUCAAGAGCGAAUUUCAGGAAACCAAGCUCGGCAUCUCAAACCUCGCAGACGUCGACUCCCAAACUAUGGGACAUCUUCUCGACUUCUUUUACCGAGGAAACACCCCCUGGAAGUGUCCUGAUGACAUGCUCAUGCUCGCCAAGCUCUGGAUUCUCGCAGACAGACUUCAGGCGACAAGUGCCAUGAUUGAAGUUGAGCACCGUGUGAAGAGCAAGCUCAACGGUCUUAGCAACAAGUUUAUCGUCGCGGAUUGCACAUUACUAGAUACCGUCUUCCAUCACAAGGCCUGCGCUGAGUCGGGCCUAGGCUACGCAGUUGGCGAGGCUGCUUGUGCGAUUCUCAUUGACCGCUCCCAGUACCCAAAGAAGAGCGACUUGGUGGAGAAGCACGCUCGAGAAAACAUCCUGUCCGCAAACAUGAUGCUAUCCUGGGCUUCUCGAUACAAGGAGAACAGCGACGAAUUUGAGUUCAUAUAUCGCUCGUCAACGGUCAUGAAGCAACGAAUCGAUCGAGAGGAAGAAUUCAGAGACAAACUCAUCAGUGAGAAGAUGACGAAGCCCUCAAGAAUCCUGACCAGGUACUGUUCACAUGCGGUCCAAGACAUGCGUGCCACGCUCACAUUUUGCAGCGGACCAGACGCGACCACGAGCAAAAAGCGAAAGCAAUCGUCGUGA